UAGAUCUAGCCGGAAAGUUUUAGUUUGUAGUUGGCUUGUUUCGAUAAAUGUACGCUACUUCUUUACCCUCUCUUGGGCCGUAGCCUUUCCUGUCCUUUUGGUGUCGUGUGGUGUUUGCACGGAGGAGCUGGUCUCCAUGCUCCACGGAGGAAGUUGUGUUUAUGCCUUGAGCUCGAGCUGAACAGUACAGCCUUGUGCGCUUCACCCGCUAGUUGCUGCUGUCCUAUAGUUUUGUCGGGAAAGUCCUCAUUUUUACAUCUUCCUACCAGGGUAGCCAAGUGCAGCUCGCAUUCCGAACGGCACGAUGAGUGGGAAGCGAGCUGAAGUUCUUUUCGAGUACGUUCCUGAAAACGAGGAUGAGCUGCCGCUAGAGGUGGGCACCAUCAUCCACAAUGUCAUUCAAGCUGAGGAGGGUUGGAUGGAAGGAACGGCCAACGGCAAGAGCGGUGUAUUUCCAGACAAUUUUGUCAAGGUCCUUCCAGAUGAAGCGCCACCAGCUGUAGUCACAGACGGUGGGAGCAAGUCGAGUGGACGGAAGAUAGUGUAUGCCAAAGUGACCUUUGCGUAUGACGCUGACAACGAGGACGAGCUGACUCUGGAAGUUGGCCAGACUGUUGAAGUAUUGGGAGAAGUGGAGGAUGGAUGGUGGAAGGGAAAGAUAGGUUCCCGCGAGGGUGUCUUUCCAGAGAAUUUUGUCGAGAAACUGAGCGAGCAGGAUAAUGAGGCACAUCGCAAGAAGAUUUCCGAGCCAGCAAAGCCCGACGUUCCUCCAGCAACGGAAAAGCCCCCAGCGAUGAGGCCCGGCCUCUCUGGAGGUGUCAAGCUUCCCUUCAUGAUGCCACCAGGCGGAGCAAAAACAGGUCCCCCACCUCCAGCAGCACCAGUAGCCAGUGAACCAGACAAUACCACAGAUUCUGCAAAGCCUUCCGUAAGUAUUGUGAAACAUGUGUGCUACAGAUCAUAUUGCUUUACCAUCUUAGACUCCAUCUGUUUGUUAUCACAUUCCCUCCAACCAGGUGGAAAGAUAACCCGUGCCACAGUGUCGUUUGACUAUCAAGCGGAAGCGGAGGAUGAGUUGUCGCUGCGCAAAGGAGAUGUUAUAGAGAUCACAUCGCAGGAAAUUUCAGAGGGUUGGUGGGAAGGAAAGUGUGGCGGCAAAGUCGGCGUCUUUCCCAACAACUUCGUGGAACUUCUACCAGAGGAGCCUGCACCAGCCCCUGUGCAAGCACCCGGUCCUAGAAAGCCAAUUCCCAAGAUGGCUAUGGUCCCAGGCAUCACACCAGGUGACUUGAACCUGAAGAAAACAGGUGAUUCGGCUGCCAAGAAAGCAGAAGCAGCAAAGAAAGAAGAUGCGCCAUCUCGGCCCCACAAGCCUGGACCACCUCCGCCAGGAAGCAAACAACCAGCUAGCGCCCCGAAAAUACCUGGGAAGCCUGCACCACCAGCUGCAAAGAGGCAGACGCCUGGAGUUCCUGGAGUUCCUGCCAAGAAACCAGAGCCAGAAGAACCAAAGAAACCGGCUUUGCGACCUGUUGCAGGCUCUCGACGUUCCGCUGAUGUGUCUUCAGCAAAGGAGGAUGUAGAGGCAGAACCAGCAGUUAAGCCAAGCCAGCCCGCAAAACGACACGUGCCUGAGCCAGCAAAACCUGCAUCCACGGAAGAGAACAUUCCUCCAUGGAAAAAGGAGCUGCAGCAGAAGCGAAAGAACACUGGUGAAUCUGGUCCACCGCCCCCUGCCGUCUCUAAGCCGGAUCCCGUAAAGGAACCGCCACCACCAGCCGCAUCAGCACCAGCACCAACCCCUGCGCCGGCACCUGUUGUCAACAAGCCAGCGCCGAAAAUCACCCCUGCCAAGCCUCCACCAUCUGCAGCUGUUGCUGAGACGAAGCCCGACGAAACGAAGAAAGAACCAGCUCCCGCAGCCAGCGGUGUUAGUUCGGCAGAACUAUCGGCACUUAGAGAGGAGAUUGCCAAGAUGCAAAAGAAAAUGGCUGAUAUGGAAACUAACUUUGUUUCUGAGAUUGAGAAGUUAGAAUCGGAAAUAGACGACGAGAAGAAAUCACGAGUGACGAUGCAGGUUGAGAUAGAUCGGCUUAAGCGGAAAAACAAGGACUAGUGACUGAUUUUUAUUGACCCUGUCCCGCUUAAUUUGUUUUAUUGUUGAGCCUCUACCUGGCUUCUAGUACUGGUGUUGCUGUCAAUUGGCUUCUGUGGCGCCUCCUGUCAUUGCCUGUGCAGUGAAAUGGACACUAGCCAUGUUUCCAUGCACUGGGCAUGAUUGGCAUUGGUACUUUCUUGCCGUAUUCAGCAUUCCAUCUCGCCAGUUUUUUUUUUCGUGAUUUACCACACUGCUAACUGCCGUGCACGUCCGUGGGUGCAUUGGUGGCAAUUUUUUUAGCAGAAGCACACGAUUGUCUAUUUUUUUCGGGCACUCUCUUCCAUCGGAGAACCGCUAUUGUUUAUGUUGUGUGUUUGUUUACUUGUUGUCAUCGACUCAUGUGUGACCUUGUAGUGCCGCUCCUGGUGAGCGCCGUAUGUUUCAGAGCACCUCACGAUAUCUACAUGUAUGUUGCUAUGUUUUGACGCGUGCGCGCGGAUUGAGCUGCUUACAAGUAGGCACACACACACAGUACUGCACACCGGUGUGAGCAUGCGCAUGCCCACCGCACCAUGCCCACCGCACCAUGCCCAGGGCACUGUGGCGCCUCGCCAGCACCCACCCCAGACUACGCUCGGGCCCAGGCCAUACUGCACUACCACCUGUACACAUACAUUUUGUUAUAAUUAUCAUUGACUUCUUUGUGUGAUGGAGUCCGAGAAAAGCCACA